GCGGAAAACAUGAUGGCGUCGGUUUUUUUCUUUUUUCAGUAGUUCUGACAAUUAUAUAUUCGUCUCACUUUUACUCAUUAUAAACCCCCUUAGUGUGAUGGGCACGCGUAGCAAUCAAUAUGUCCACGUGACCUGUCGUCAGUCUCGCUCACGUCUCGCUUCAUUCGCACCUCUCCUAAUUGCAAAUGCAAAAUGUGGAAUCGUUUGGAAUUAUAUAAAUUAGUUUCGUAUUGUGGUUAAGUUUUCUUGCUAUGUAAUUAAAAUGCCUGCGUCAAUUGGUGUUAAUUUACGCGUUACUGGCCACUGUAGCCAAGGCGGGAGAAAGUACAUGGAGGAUUUGUUUUCCGUUGCGUAUCAACAAACUGAAGAUGAAAGGGAUUUGGAGUAUGCAUUUUUUGGAAUAUACGACGGCCAUGGUGGAGGUGAAGCUGCUGCUUUUGCUAAAGAACAUUUAAUGGAUUCUAUAGUGAAGCAACGGCAGUUUUGGUCUGAUAACGAUGAAGACGUUCUCAAAGCAAUUCGCAAUGGUUAUAUGUUGACCCACUUGAACAUGUGGAAAGAAGUAGAAAAGUGGCCUAAAACAGUUACUGGUUUACCUAGUACAGCAGGAACAACAGCUAGUGUUGCAUUUAUACGACGUGGUAAAAUUUAUAUAGGACAUGUAGGAGACUCAGCUAUAGUUCUUGGAUAUCAGAAAGAUGAUUGUGAAAAAUGGGCAGCGAAACCUUUAACAUUAGACCACAAACCUGAAGCCAGUAUUGAGAUUGAAAGGAUUCAAAGAUGUGGUGGAAAAGUUGUAUCAAAAGCUGGAGUACCAAGAGUAGUAUGGAACAGACCAAGACCUGGUCACAAGGGACCUAUAAAGAAAAAUACCCCAAUGGAUGAGAUACCAUUCCUUGCUGUGGCAAGGUCAUUGGGUGAUUUGUGGAGUUAUAAUCCACAGAAUGAUGAAUUUAUUGUUAGUCCUGAUCCAGAUGUUGGAGUCUUGAUAAUAGAUCCAUCUAAGUUUCGAUGUCUUAUAUUUGGAACUGAUGGUUUAUGGAACAUGAUAUCCCCCGAAGGCGCUGUGAGCUUAGUACAAGCUACAGAGAAACAUAAUGAGGCUGCCUUAGUGAACUGUGGGAAUCAACCUCGGGAUUGGCUAAAUCCAUCUAAAAGCCUUGUCGAUCAUGCUCUGGAGAGGUGGUCUAACACUAGAAUGAGGGCCGAUAAUACUUCAGUUGUGACGUUAAUGUUAGACCCUCCGGGGCCACCUCGCGCCGCCGUUCUCCGUUCCCGGACAGCGGGGCAGAAGCCCCAGUCGCCACUAACACAUGCGACACCCUCUCAAACCGUCCCCACAAAACUUGAAGAAAAACCUGAAAAUGGAGAAGGAGAUAGUCCUGCCAAAGUCCCUCAAAACGGUCUCACAAUUAUGACGCGCUACUCUGACGUCGACAAACCGGUUCCCUCCACGGAUGACGCCGAGAGCGCCCCGCUACCCCCUUGUGCCACCAUUGACGGUAGGUUUACGGUCCCUCGGGAAGUGUCCCACGCCGAAGGUGAGAGCGAUACAAUAAUGAACUAUGGUAAUCCGGCUGAGUCAUAUUUUAUGGCGCGUUUGUUAAAUCGAAGUCGCGUAGUGAACACCUUAUCUGAAGUGUAUGACGAAAUAGUAAAAGCCACCCCGAAAGAUCCCUCGGAGACACGAGAACCCUCUCCGGGACCGACCACGAUACCGGAAGUGAAGACCGAGGAGCGGCCGCCCGCCGGGCCCCGACAAUCCCUACCUCCGGAGGAAACUCCCAACGGGGACGCGCCUGCGGAAUCCGACGACGUCAGUAUACAGAUCAACGAAGUGUCGUCCAGUUCACCCACGGAGGGACCUGCACGAAUGCGGGGCCGACGGUUCCGGGAUUUGAAGCGCGAUACCCCUCCCAAUGAUCGCGUGCUCCGAUCGCACCACGAGCCCGAGCCGCAGCGGCCGCAGACGCGUCAGGCCGCUACGAGGCUGCGCUCGCCCCCCGCACGGCCCACGGAGCGAGUGGUCAUCCUGACUCGACGGGAGCGAAGGCCGGCCGCGCCCGAGCCGCCCGACGAGCGUCGAGCCACGCGCUCUAAUACCAAAGUGACGCGUAGCACCAGCGAAGAAGCGCGCGCGACGAGCGUUCCUCCCGCGGCGGGAAACUCCGCGCGCGCCCCGGGGCCGUCGCGGCGGGUCCCGGCGGCGCCCGCCCGCUCGAAGGAGAACCUCGGCGCCCCCAGGCGAGGCCGCGCUCGCGUCGACCGCGCCCCCCCGCCGCGCCCCCCGCGCACUCGACGCGCCGGUGACCACGAGGUCCACUCCACCACGGACGACGCUCGACCGCGUGCGCUGCGCUCCCGCAACGAGGCCGAGCCGCCCGGCAAGAGACCGCGCUGCGAAGAAAAGCCGGCGACGGACAAGUGCGGCCGCGUGCUGGGUAAGCGCGCAUCGGGGCCUUGGGCGCCCUCGCCGGCGCUGCGCAAUCGCCUUCGGCGAAGACUCGUCAAAUAGUUAGUGAUAGUUACCUGUGUGUGUUACAACGGUGCCUUCAGUACUGCCAAAGUACUCUAUCGACUGUCGCUGCCCGCGACCCACUCGCGGUUCGCGUAUCCAAAGAUGACUGCGUCGUAUACGGUUAGAUUUCUGUUGUUUUGUUUUUUAUUUUUUCGCUAGUUUGAGCUCGAUCGGUUGGGGUCGAAGGAGUUUGAAAACGCUUCGCGGCGUCUCCGUUGUCUCCUACCGAUCGCCGCUUUCGUUAAUUGUAAUAUGACGGUAAACGUAAACAAUAGUACAAAAAUGUAUCACAUAGUUAAGACGAAAGCGUGGACCAGGCGACGUUAGCCCAAAUGAAUACAUAUUUAUUUAUCUAUAUUUAAUACUAGGAUCUGUGGUGUUGCAUUUAACUUUAUAUUGUGAAAAUUUAAUUUUCAUAGAAAAGUCAGAGGCUACAUUGUUGACCGGCUCCAAUAUAUUUAUAUUCAUAAAUAUCGAGAAUUGCUAAUUAUGUAGCUAGAAAAUUAAUGCGUCAGGAAUUAUAUAUUGUACAACAGUACUCUGAUAAAGGAAAUACAUACAUAUUUUAUAUAAUCAUGAAUAUUUUUAUAAAAAUCGCGGAAAUAAAUAUAUUGUUAGUGUUUUCCUUUGCAAGUAAUUAUUGGAUGAGGUUAUUCUUUUAGAAAAAGAAUUAUAAUUUAGUAAAUGUUCUCAGUUGUUGAAGAAAUUUUCUGUAAACGACGCAAUUACUUUUAGAAUCUUUAUAUAAGGGCAAAUUUAAAUUUUAUAUUUACGAUUCACUCUAAAAUAAAUUAAUAUAAGUUUAAAUUAAAACAAAAAAUAUUUUCAAAGCGUCGUUUUUAUUGCAUAGCCUUCUUAAUAAUAAUUUGCUUACAAUGUUUCAUUCUCUUUGGUGCUUUGUCUUACUCUAAAUUUUUCAAGACUACAUUACUUACUCUAAUGCAUUGUGAUCAUUAAACCAUUGAUUUAUGUAAACCAAAAAACCGUUAUUUUGUUGAUUACCCGUUAUAUAAUCAUAAUCGUUUAUUCAAUAAAAAAUUUAUGUAAAAAAAUUGCACUGACUCAAAUUGAUUUAGACUUAUAGUAAAAACAGGAGCCAAUUUAAUUGUUCCUUUUUAGGAACAGCUUAUAUAAAAUGGUUUAUUUGAGUAUUUGGCUGUUUGUUUAAGGUCCAUUAUUUACAAUUGUAUAUAUAACGUCAUAUAAAGAUAUGUGCCUCAUUUGUUACCGAUUUAAACAAAUACAUAGGUAAAGGUGUUUGAUAAAACGAGAUAUUAUGUAUUUUUAUUAAAAAUAAAAUUUUAUGCAGUGUAAACUGUUAAAGAGUAUAAUAUAAUUUAUUAAGCUAAUUGUGUAAAUGCGAUUUUACCACGCACUUGUGUGCAAUUUUUUUGUAAGUAUGGAAAUCCCAUAGUUUAAAUGUAAGUUUGUUUCUAAAUAUUUUAUAUUGUAAUUGAAACAAGAAAAUGACUUGAGUAAAUGUUUCUUGAGCUUUUUUUUGUUUAUCUUGUUAUAUAACAUAUCGUACACAACUUAAAAGUAUGGGAUUUGCAUACAAUAUUAGGAAUGCAAUUUUUGUUUGAUAAGGUGCGAUCGAAUGUUAAGUUUUAAGAGUAUGUAUUUGAUAUUUUUUGUGUGAUGGCCUUGAAUGUACUAGAUGUAGUACGCUAACCUUGGGUGAAGCUGAAACAAAUUUUAACUAUACUAGUAAUGAAGUAAAGAAUAAUUGUAGUCUUUAUUUUUUGAUUUAAAUAAAAUUUGUAUAAAAUUAAA